AUAGUCAUGACCAGACUGCUGGUAAUCUUGCCGCUGCUGCUGUGUCUGGCCGCCUGGGCAACCGCGCAGUUCGGCGGCGGCUACGGCAGGCCUGGCUUCGGCGGCGGUGGCUUCGGAGGGCCCGGCUACGGCGGUUACCCAGGCAACUACGGGCGUUACCCGGGCAACUACUACGGCGGCGGCUACAGGCCGGACUUCGGUCCCGGGGGCGGCUUCCGGCCUGGAUAUGGAUACGGCGGUGGAUACAAUGGAUUCGGUGGCGGGGGCUUUGGCCGCUGAACACACUGCCAGCCACUGAGCAUCUGAGCCCAAGGAUCCUGACCGUACAAUUUCACAUUAUUUC